GAUGGCGUAUAGCCUUUUCAUUAAAUAUUACUGUUUUCUACAUUUAUUAAAGAAUAACAAUCAUAAAUUAGGCGAACUUUUCAUUUGCCUACAUUAAAUUGUAAAUGCUAAAUGUCCUGUAUUCAUAUUGCACCUUCUUUAGUCCUAGAACCCCCCCAAGGCACUUUAUAACACAACAGUCUUUCACCCAUUCACACACCCUUUCGCACGCUUGUGGUGAUGAGCUACAAUGCAGCCAUGGAUGUUCUGGGGCGCACUGACAGAGGCGAGGCAGCCAAACACCGGCCCCUCCGACCACUUCCAGCAGGCAAGAAGGAUUAAGUGUUUAGCCCAAGGACACAACAGCAGCAUUCUCUACCGGGAUCGAUCCGACAACCUGUAGCCCCUUUGCUACAUCAUUGCUGAUGGAUGUAACUGCAGCAACCCUGCGGCUAACUGACAAAAGGUGAGGCUGCCAUAAGCAGCACAGGUUCCCUCCGACCACCACCAGCGGGCAAGGCAAAUGAGUGUCUUGCCCAAGAACACAAUGACGUGCGCAUCCUCAGACAGCCCGGUGCUGUUGCAGAAUUUAAUGAAUUUUUUUACUCACUAAUAACCUCUCCAUAAUGAAUUCUGUAAAUUAACUUUAUUUAUGUGUCUGACUUUAACACUGACGUCUUAACGUCUAAAUAUCGACCUUGAAAAUCGGCAGUACAUAUCGGCCAUCGGCUUACCGUGUCUCGUAUCGGCAUCGGCAAUAGAACAACCAUAUCGGUUGUCCUCUAGUAAAAAUGUACUUCUUCUGCAGCCUUAUUGUUCAGCGAAAUGUUGCAUGCAGAAGUGAGAUUCAUAAAAAAAAAUCAUCAAUAUAUUUGAGACCAAACAAAUAGAUCACAGAUUAUUUAAAAAAAAAUCACAGCUUGUAUUUUUACAUUUAGGUGUUUUUGCAGGUUGUGUGCAAGUUUAAACCAAACCGACCCAAAACGUGUGAAAUGUCACCUGCAGAUGAUGGGAAUGAGGAUGAUGAUGACGGUGGUACGUCACGUGUUAUUGUUUGGAGCAGGAAACGACUGCUACGUCCUGAAGGGGCGAACAGCAGCGGCUUCAGCCUGACACUUCUCUUUACCGACACGCUGUCUCGGAGAAUGGAUGCUCCUCCGGCACAGAAGACGCCCGAGUGUCAGCAUGAGUAGAGGAGGAACAAGAUUCGCCCCGACACGCAUCCAGCUGCCGCUGUUAGCCCGGGCUAGGAGGAGGGAAACGAGCUAACCGUGGCUAGGCUAGCUGCUGUUAACCGCCAGGACGAGGAAUCCCCGCACCUGGUCGCGCGCGGCAGACUCGGUACUUCUCGGUGAAACGGUAAAGCAGGGGAAAAUGGAGCUGUUCCAGGCGAAGGACGAGUACAUCCUCCAGAGCGGGGACCGGGCUCUGUGGUGUAGCCGAAAGGACGGGACCAUUACUGUCAGACGCGCAACAGACCUGUUGUUGGCUUGGAACCCAGUGUGUUUGGGUUUGGUGGAAGGCGUCAUUGGAAAGAUUCAGCUUCACACAGACCUUCCACUCGGUCUCGUAUUAAUCCGCCAGAAAGCGCUUGUGGGCAAUUUACCAGGAAAUCACAAAGUUUACAAGAUCACCAAAAUAGCUGUCAUUCCCCUGUCUGACGAGGAGCCCCAGGAGCUGGAGCUGGAGCUUUGCAAAAAGCAUCACUUUGGAAUCGACAAGCCGGAGAAACUGGCUCAGUCUCCAGAUGAGUCCAAGUUUUUGAUGAAGACUUUGAGCCAGAUCAAAUCCAACGUGGCCGUACCCAUGAAGAAAAAGUAUUCCCCUGCCUUCCAGGUUAAAGAGAACAAAGAGAAGGAGCGUCUGGAGAGGCGGCUGCUGGAGGAGCUGUACAAGGUCUUCAUGGACUCCGACUCUUUCUACUACAGCAUGACCUACGACCUGACCAACAGCGUGCAGCGCCAGGGAGACUCUGACAAGUCCGGCUUACCUCUGUGGAAGCAGGUGGAUGAUCGUUUCUUCUGGAACAAACACAUGAUUCAAGAUAUCAUUAACCUUCAGGUACCAGAGGCAGAUUUCUGGGUCACACCAAUCAUCCAGGGGUUCGUUCAGGUGGAGGAGCUGGUGGUGAACUACAACGAGGCAUCUGACGAGGACCGGAGCAGCCCCGACACUCCACCCAAGGAGGUAACCUGCGUUGACGACAUCCAUCCUCGAUUCACCGUGGCGCUAAUCUCCAGACGUAGCCGGCACCGUGCAGGGAUGCGCUACAAACGCAGAGGGGUGGAUGCAGAAGGCCAUGUGGCUAACUACGUGGAGACGGAGCAGCUGAUCCAUGUGCACAGCCACACGCUGUCCUUUGUGCAGACUCGUGGGUCAGUGCCGGUCUUCUGGAGUCAGGCAGGGUACCGCUACAACCCCAGGCCUCGCAUAGAGAAAGGAGAGAAGGAGACCAUGUCAUACUUUGCUGCUCACUUUGAAAAGCAGCUCAAACUCUACAAGAAGCAGGUCAUCAUUAACUUGGUGGAUCAAAGUGGACGGGAGAAGAUGAUCGGUGACGCGUAUCUGAAGCAGGUCCUGCUUUACAACAACCCAGAUCUGACUUACGUCUCGUUCGACUUCCACGAGCACUGCCGCGGUAUGAAGUUCGAGAAUGUGCAAGUACUGACCGAUGCCAUUUCUGACAUCAUCACUGACAUGAAGUGGGCCUGGGUGGACCAAGCUGGAGUCAUCUGCAAGCAGGAGGGAAUUUUCAGGGUUAAUUGCAUGGACUGUCUCGACAGGACCAACGUGGUUCAAGCUGCCAUUGCUCGAGUGGUGAUGGAGCAGCAGCUGAAGAAGCUGGGUGUGAUGCCUCCGGAGCAGCCUCUGCCUCUCAAGUGCUACAGGAUUUAUCAGGUCAUGUGGGCCAACAACGGCGACACAAUCAGCAAACAGUACGCAGGAACCGCAGCUCUCAAGGGAGACUUCACUAGAACAGGGGAGAGGAAACUGGCCGGUGUGAUGAAGGAUGGCGUGAACUCCGCCAACCGCUACUACCUUAACCGCUUUAGAGAUGCAUACAGACAAGCGGUCAUUGAUCUCAUGAUGGGCUUACCGGUGACAGAGGACCUCUACUCCAUCUUCAGCAAAGAGAAGGAGCAUGAAGAAAAGGAGAAGGAGCACCAAAGAGGAGCCCAGGAGCAGGUCAGCCUCCUGUUGCAGACGUACAUGCAGCUUUUGCUGCCGGAUGAUGAGAAGUUUCAUGGCGGUUGGGCCCUCAUCAGUUGUGACAUGAGCCUCAUCGAUGCAACCAACAAAGACGUGGAUGCGCUGCUGCUGCUGUCAGACAAAGCCUACUACAUCGCUUACUAUGAUGAAGAGGCUGAUAAAGUCGACCAGUACCAACGCCUCAACUUAGCAGGGUUGGAAAAGAUUGAAAUCGGUCCUGAGCCCACUCUGUUUGGUAAGCCCAAGUUCUGCUGUAUGCGCUUGCACUACAGGAACGAGGAAACAAGCGGGUACUUCCACACGCUGAGAGCUGCAACACGAAAUCCCGAUGAUGAUGGAAAAGAUACACUCCAGUGCAUAGCAGAGAUGCUUCGCAUAACUAAGGAGGCCAUGGGACUGGAUCUGCUUGUAGUUGAGAAGAAGUUGGAAAGGCGGCAGAGUAAGCCUCACGAGGACAUCGUGGGGAUCCAGAACAAACCAGCCGACCAGGUUCAGGGCAGCUCCGGUCUGGCGCAGGGAAAAAGUUUCCUCCUCAACAAAUUCUCGUCCCUCAACCAGAAGGUGAAACAGACCAAGACAAACGUAAACAUCGGUCCCUUCAAGCCUCUCGGUAAGCUGGGCAACUUCUCAAAGCCCGAUGUGACCGUGAAUUUCCUCAAACCAACUAUGCACGUUAACCUCUGGAAGUCCGACAGCAGCUUGGAGACAUCGGACAACAACCCCGGCUCAGGAGUCCCAAAGGAUAUCACUGACAAACGUUACGAAAACUCCUCAGACUCCGAUUCCUAUACUUCAGACCCCGACCACCCAUGCUCUGGUUCCUUUGAAAAAGUGGAUUAUGUUCUGCCCAGCUGUGGCAUUGUAGCAUCAAACCCCCGUCUGGGGAGCCGCUCCCAGUCCAUAGGUAGUGGGGAUCUGAAUAUUCCCUCUGUGAUCCGAGUCACUGGCUGUGGAGAAACACAGGAAAGCUUGUCUGAAAUAAAUGAUAAGUCACCUGGAGCUGCUUCGGUUGCAGAAGAAGCCCUUCUGAUUGACUUUGGCACUCCCAUUGAUGCCUACUGCCACCAGUUCAUCCACGACACACAGACUAAACCCGUUGAAGUGUUUGGGGAGCAGCCGCCUGUCGCUGUUCCUCCACUAAGCUCUGCAGUUCAGAAGAACACCCCAGCAGACUCAGACAAGCAGCCAAGCUCAAAUCAGCAGAAUCGUCACGCGGAGCCCCAGCUCCCCAGGCCGUCCCAGCUAGACGUCCGAACCUCUACCUCCAGUUCCAACCUCCUCUUCGUCCAGAAGCCCAACUCUGCAGUCUCGGGCGGCUCUCAGAAGAGCCUGAGCUCGCACAUGGAGGGCAGCCUCGGACCUUCACCCACCGACAGCAACGGCAGCCGAGUGGUGUCUCCCUUUGCCAAGAUCAAGAGCUCCAUGGUCCAGGUGGCCAGCCUCACCCAGGCAGGACUCACCCAGGGCAUCAACUAUGCUGUCGCAAAGGUCCAGAAGAGCCCCGAGCCCGACGCUGUCAACGAGGCCCAAGAGAACGAGCUGAAGGCAAUGUUUACUCAGUGCCAGACGAGGAUCAUUCAGAUCUAGUGCUUUCCUUGUAGCAGGAUUUUGUAGUUCUCUAGAAGCGUCCUUAAUGGUAGCAUCAGCGGAAACUUGCACAGAGUAUCAAUAUUAGGCCAAGAAACGUGCUCAUGGACCCCCUAAAAAACGCCCACUCAGCAGAGACUUUUGUACUGAACUGACGAAUCCGCCCCACCUGUGUGACUUGUUUACGUGCACGUUGUGGUGGGUUUCCCUUCUUUUCAGAGCACUGACCGUUUUUUGUUUUCUUUUGCCAUGCGACGUUGCACACCUGAUAAAUGACAUAAAUAUUUAAGUUCUACUUUAAUAGAUCAGUUGUUCCUCUCUGUGCAAACUGCAAUGAUGGCGACGCGGUUUCUGACAGCCUUCGCGGAUCAGUUUGUGGCUCUUCGGCUGGUUUUAAAAGUAGAAACGAUUAAACGUUGGGACUGAUCUCGACUUGAAUUGGCUCGCUCUCCAACCAAACCGCAGGUUACUCCAUAAACAAUGUUACUGUCGAGUUAAGUUGCUUCGGUAGACGCCGGUCUUGUUACGAGUAGCCGAGUACUCCCGGAGGGAACUAUUUUUUUUACUUUUGUAAACGCGACGCCACCCGUUCAGUUUGUUUAAUGGUAACCACCAGUUAGCAUUAGCAGCGUGUAUAAAGACCAUUUCUGACAAAGUACCUUAUCUCAUCCUGUAUAUGCAGCACGCUUGUGACGUAGACCUCAAUUUGCCGUACCACUGGUAGUGAUCAACCAAACAUGUUUUUUUGUGAAUCGUAACAUCGUAAUGGUGUGGAAUACUACCCUCUGUUUAUCUGUCCGACAGACACAACAAGCUGUUGGUAGUUACUUUAGCUAAUCUCCGUGUUGUCAAGCGUAAUUAGGCGAGAUAUCGACUACGUCCGACCGCCGUAGUAUUCUGGUCGUCAGUAUGUACAGUGAGUAUUGUCCAUCCCUACAUGAGCACAGCUUUUCCUCAGUUUAAAAACAAGGUUUUAUUUUAUUUUUUUCAAUUUCCAUUUUGUGAAAGCUCAUGAAAGGAAACCGGCCAGAUCGAUAUUUCGUCGGAAUCGGAGAAACGGUUCCGUUCUAGUUAGCGUAUUUGUUUGAACUUAUCCUCGGCCAGCUUUAGCAGUUUGACUAAAACGAGUGGAGCAUAUAGUUAGCAUAUAUGCUGUUAUUUAUUAGGAAUGCCGACGCUUUAUGCACUCCCCAAAACCAGAGUAUAUAUUUAUGCCUUAACCGGGAACUUAAGUGGGAUUAUUUCUAUCAGGUAUUUAAAGAAAAAUCUACCUUUUAAAGUCUGUUGUUACGUGUUUCAUUUAGCAUACUGUUGGAAAUGUGUUCCGGGGCGUGAUUGGCAUGUUUCACGGCAGAGACGUCGUUGGAGGAUGUAAAUAGUCGGUACGUUUGCUCCAACAUCCCCUCUGCCGCCUCGGUUUAAAACCUCAGCUGUAAACUGUAUAUUUUAUCCUUAAGUACAGGUUUUCCCUGGCUUCUUGUUGUUGAUCAACACAAAUGAUGAGGAUUAGCUUUGUGGCUAAGUGUCCCAAGAUGAAAGGGGUCCCAUCUUUGUAGUCCUCACUCCCGUUGGCUCACCAGCAGGUAACGCGUGGAUUUGUUUGUCUGGUUCGUGUGACACGAGACUUCAGUCUUGGCUGCUUUGCAGGUGCUGCUUUUAGUACGUGGUGCUGCCAAAGCUGCAGCUGUAGCGCAGUUUUAACGCUUACGGGAAUUUUAAUCAGGUUCAACACUGGAGCGGUUCGUUUUAUCUUGUGCUAAAAAGCAUUCCUCCUGAUGCUGUCAGCUUUUUUACUUUGACACAUUUGCUGGCUGUUUUGUCUCCUUUUGUUUUCACACCAAGUGCAUUUUUUGUGUCCUUUCGUUUCGACCCGAGACACAAAUAUCAGGUUUUUUCUGUUGGCGCUGCUGAAGCACAUUUCCCCGAUGUCACGUCUCCUCUUCUGUACCAACCUGACCGAUGACAUUGUUCUCCACCGUGUACUCAGAUGUGUUGUAUAUUAAAGGAUCCUAUUUAUUAUCUUUGGGUGUUAAUAAAAAGAACAUUUUACACUU